AGCGUGUUGAGUUUAAUCAAUUCAGAACGUCGAGAUGGAGCCCAACUCACCGAAGUGGGUAGGCUCUUCUUGCGGUUUACACGGACCAUAUAUAUUCUACAAGGCGUUUAAAUUUCACCGGGACGGUAAACCAAGAAUUCUGUCCCUCGGAGACUUUUUCUUCGUGAGAUGUAAGCCUGGGGAUCCGAUUUGCAUUGCGGAGCUACAGCUGUUGUGGGAGGAAAGGACUACUAAGCAACUUUUAUCAAGCUCAAAACUUUAUUUCUUACCCGAAGAUACUCCCUCGGGAAGGACAGUUAGCCAUGGAGAGCAUGAGGUCAUUGCUGUGUCAGAGAAGGUGAUUGUUCGGUUGGAGGACCUGGUGAAGUGGACAGUCCCAGAGUUUUCGGAAUGGUCCCACGGGCUGCGGGCAGCGCCUCUGAAGCCCUCUGUCCUGAGGGAGCUGGGCACCAACGGACACAGAGAGGCCCUCCACAGAUACAGGGAGAGCACCUUCACCAGCAGCCUCAACUUCAGAGACAUCCAAAGGGAGAGGUCUCAACUGGGUCAGGAAGAUGACGGCAAGAAAGUGCUGGUGAUGAGCUACCCCCAGUACUGUCGUUACCGCUCGGUCCUGGCCCGGCUCAGAGAGCAGCCAUCUGCCCUGCUGACGGACCACACCGUGCUGGCUUUGGGCGGCAUCGCCUCCCAACACGACACCACACGCAUCCUCUACUGCAGAGACACCUUCGAACACCCCACCCUGCUGCAGAAUGAGAGUGUCUGCGAAGAGUUCGCCCCAAACCUGAAGGGUCGGCCACGGAAGAAGAAACUGUCAGUGUUCCAGCGAAGGGACUCCCAGGGCCACAGUCAGGGGCCUCAGGGAUCCCAAGAACCCAGCACCCCAGAGAACAAGUCUCACACCAAGGUAAAACCUAACUGCAAGUUGACAGUUCCCACCAGAGGCACAAUGGCCAAACCCAGGAUCUGUAAACAGACAUCUGUGGAGGAGAAGGUGGAGAGGGAGAAGAAGGAGGAGAAAGAAGAGGACGAGGAAUCAUCAAAGGAGAGUCGUGCAGACGAGCAGGCCUUCCUAGUAGCCCUAUACAAGUACAUGAAAGACAGGGACACACCUAUCGAUAGGAUCCCCUUCCUGGGAUUUAAGCAGAUUAACCUUUGGACUAUGUUUCAAGCUGCUCAGAAACUCGGAGGAUAUGAGUUGAUCACAGUUCACAGACAGUGGAAAAAUGUAUAUGAUGAGCUGGGUGGAAACCCAGGGAGCACAAGUGCCGCCACGUGCACACGAAGACACUACGAGAGGCUCCUCCUACCCUAUGAGAGGUACACCAAAGGAGAGAAGGACAAACCCCUCCCCUCAGCCAAACCCAAAAAACAGGAGCAUGGGGCCCAAGAGGGGGGUGCCAAACCCAAAGGGGUCACAGCGAAACGACCUAAAGGUGGACUAAACCAGAGACAGGUGGCCAGGAAGGAGAGAGAGAGCGACGACGCAGCAAAAAGCCAGGAGCUCUCACAGGUAUCUGAGGAGAAAGAGGAGAACCAGGAGCCUGCAGUGAUGAAGCAGGAUCCUCUUUCCAGAAAUGAGCCUGAAGAAGAGUUACAACACACCCUGAAGAAAGAGGAGACAUUGAGCCAGGAGGAAGUGUCCUGCCUGAAUCCCCCCAACACAGACUGCCACCGAGCCACACCUGUGCUCCACAGUGAUCUGUGUCCACAGCCCGAGCGGAGACAUCCCAGCCAACCACAAUCAGACACAUUCAACCCUGAGCAAAGGGACCAAGCCGAUGGAACCCUCUCUAAGACCCCAUAUCCACACAACUGGGACAACAACAAUAGUAAGCCUAGGUAUAGCAGUCUAGCUGACCCAAGCACACCUGACACGCCGGUAGCUAAAGACACAGACAGUCACAGUUAUGGACAUGGUGGGAGGGUGGGUAAGGUGCUGCCCAUGUGUAAGCAGAGCCCACCCCCACUGCAGCUAUACUCUACAGAGCCACUCACAGACAAACAGGACUCCCCCAGUAAAAACAAAGAGAUAAAUCAGUGUCACGUGCACACGCCAACAGCAUACUCCAAGGACAACCUGGGGGUCAUGUCCCCACUAGCCAAGAAGAAGCUCCUCUCCCAAGUCUGUGAGACAAGUCAUUACUCAUUCAGUUCCCCUCAUCUUCCUACUCCCACUCCAUCAGUCAGUGGGGGUGAUGUAAGCGACAGCUGCGUAGAGGAGGUAGUGAAACUGAGGCAGGACUCCAUCCCGGACAGCCCAGAGAUGGCUCCUGUCUUCAGGCCUUCUGUCAUCCAGCAUGCCCAAAGCGUCAAACCCCAGCAAGAGAGGAGUCCUCUGGGGGAUCUGUCUGAGCCUUUCACUUGCAGAGUGAGCCACUUCCAGCCCCGGCUCAACCCCCCCUGGCACCCCUACCUCCACAGGACUGAGCAUCAGGAUGGAGUGGAGAAUGCAGGAGAGACACGGAUGCAGCAGCACCCCAGUCAGGCACCACCAGGCUUUGCAGGUGACUGCUACUCCUCCCCUCACCUACACAACCUCUACCGGCAGACAGAGAACUGUCUGAGCCAAGAGCGAAUGGCCAAUUAUCCCAACAGAGACAAACAGGGACAUUUUAUCGUGGAGUGUCAGAGCAGCGAGGGCUUCAGCUUAAACAAUCCUGACAGAGAAGGGUUGGCUUACAGAGCUCCCCACUUCUCUGAGAGGACACAAACACAUGGGGAUAGACCAUUGGACGAGGAACCCCGAGAUUUCAGUAUUUCCAAGCCUGUCACUCAAAGAAUGUCUUUCACAAAGCCCUCUUUCUGUGGCCUCCCAUAUCCCAUGAUGCAUCAGAGUUUAGACUAUCACCCCAAAGCAUGCAGAGUCCUCCCCAUGACUAUAUCUACCCCCAAACAAAGCCCAGACCCCCCUCAGCCCUUCUUCAACCCUAAAAGCCACGCUGAAACUGUCAGUGCCUCCAGACCCAGUAAGAGAAGCCUGGGGGAACUAGAGAACGAGGGGGUGCCAGACCGCAAGGUGCGAGUGGUGACCCCCAUGCACCCCGCCGGCUCUGUCCGCAGGGGCGACCCACAGGGGGAGGAGCUCAAACCAGCUGAACCGGCGCACGCCAUCCACCUCCACAUUCCUGAGGGCCACACCUACCCUCCCCACACACCCUUCUACCCAGGGAUGUACCCCGGGAUGCAGGAUGCCCUCCAUCACAACCUCCAGUACCUGAAGAGCCAGACAGCUGUGUCCCCCCUGGUCCCUCCACUAGCCUUCCACUCCAUGAUGCUACAGAGGCAGCUGAUGGCCUCACAGCCCAGCCCUCAUCACUUCUACAGGCACCCUGGGGGGGCGGCCCUGUAUGGGGACCUCCUGCACCACCUGUACCCCCUGUCCACCCUUACCCACCCACAGCUGUCCUCCAUGCACCCCAGCACCAGACUCUAACAGACAAACCCACAUGGAGCUUAAUUGUCUACCUGGGACAGUGGAUCUAGUGUUCUAUUAUUCAGUAAGCAUGACAACACUGGUUAACUGUAGCUGGUGGAUUUAGUCAGGCACACAGUUACAUUUUUUUGUAUUUUUUGUUUGUUUUUGCACUGUGCUGUAUCACCACUUAAGUUACCUUGUCUCAAUUUGCACUCUGUAGUGUUUGUGUUCACCAACCAGGUCCUUUCUCUCGCUCAACAGUCAGGUUCUUACUAUCUUUAAGUGUGGAGGGACGGGAGACAGAGAAAAGCCAUUGGCAUGCAUGUCGGGGAUAAUCAGAUUUGCUGGGUCUCCAAAGGGAUGGACUACGUCACUGCAAUGCAACAACCUCAUCCUCCAAAUGUGUUCUGGGGAUUUUAUCAGGUUGAAACACUAAAAAAACAUGAGGGGCCUAUCUAAAAUAGACUCUUUACGCAAAGUUUGCCAUUGGAAAAGUUAAUGCAGCUGUUAAGCAUUAGGCUACUCCACCUUCAAUCAAGUUUUUAAUAUCUUUUUAGAGCUCUCUAGUGUGGUGCUUUGGCCUGUCUCUGUUCAUGUAUAAGUCAACUACACCUGUAUUCUUAGGAAUUACUGUGUUAAACCACGGUGCUGUACAAAACCACAAGGCCCUGAGGUUUUGUAUGUACAGUACCAGUCCAAAAUUUGGAUACAACUAUUCAUUCCAGGGUUUUUCUUUAUUUGUAGAAUAAUAGUGAAGAUAUCAAAACUGAAAUAACGCAUAUGGAAUCAUGUAGUAACCAAAAAAAGUGUUAAACAAAUCAAAAUAUGUUUUUUUUUAGAUUCUUCAAAGUAGCCACCCUUUGCCUUGAUGACAGCUUUGCACACUCUUGGCAUUCUCUCAACCAGCUUCAAGAGGUAGUCACAUGGAAUGCAUUUCAAAUAACAGGUGUGCCUUGUUAAAAGUUAAUUAGUGGAGUUUGAGCCAGUUGUGUUGUGACAACGUACAGGAGGUAUAAGACCAAGUCCAUAUUAUGGCAGGAACAGCUCAAAUAAACAAAGAGACUCAUUACUAAGUAGUCUAUCUGGAAAAUGUCCAGAACUUUCUUUAAAUUUCAAGAAAUUUUCUUCAAGUGCAGUCGCAAAAACCAUCAAGCACUAUGAUGAAACUGGCUCUCAUGAGGACCGCCUCAGGAAAGGAUGACCAAGAGUUCAUUAGAGUUAACUGCACCUCAAAUUAAUGCUUCACAGAGUUUAAGUAACAGACACAUCUCAACAUCAGCUGUUCAGAGGAGACUGUGUGAAUCAGGCCUUCAUGGUCGAAUUGCUGCAAGAAACCACUACUAAAGGACACCAAUAAGAAAAUAGACUUAUUUGGGCCAAAAAACACAAGCAAUGGAGAUUAAGAACAGUGGAAAUCUGUCCUUUGGUCUGAUGAGUCCAAAUUUGACAUUUUUGGUUCCAACCAAUGUAUCUUUGUGAGACGCAGAGUAGGUGAACGGAUGAUCUCUGCAUAUGUAGUUCCCACCGCAAAGCAUUUUGUUUUUCAACAGGACAAUGACCCAACACACCUCCAGGCUGUGUAAGAGCUGUUUGACCAAGGAGAGUGAUAGAAUGCUGCGUCAGAUGACCUGGUCUCCACAAUCCCCUAACCUCAACCCAAUUGAGAUGGUUUGGGAUGAGUUGGACCGCAUAGCGAAGGAAAAGCAGCCAACAAGUGCUCAGCACUUGACUGUUGAAAGACUGUUGAAAAAUAAUUCCAGGUGAAGCUGGUUGAGAGAAUGCCAGGAGUGUGCAAAGCUGUCAUCAAGGCAAAGGGUGGCUACUUUGAAGAAUCAAAAAAAUAUAUAUAUUUGUUUAACACUUUUUUGGUUACUACAUGAUUAUAUAUGUGUUAUUUCAUAGUUAUGAUGUCUUCACUAUUAUUCUACAAUGUAGAAAAUAGUAAAAAAUAAAGAAAAACCCUUGAAUGAUUAGAUGAGUCCAAUCUUUUGACUGGUACUGUAGAUAAAAGCUCAUUUUCAUCAGAACACCCAAGCUGUGAAGAAACCACAUUUGACGUUUUUCAUCCGUUUUUUAAGGCGAGUUGUAUCGCUUGUCAGGAACAUUCUCUCAAAAUGUUUUGUUGACCCCUGAGAGAUGGGAAGGUGACCCAGAUACAUUAAUAUAUUGAACAGAACGUAUUUGUACUACACUUAACAUUUGAGUCACUGAUGCUGCCUACUGUGACAUCUGACAGCACUUAUCUUGACACAUUGUAGCUCUGAAAAAUCACUUAUUCUUUCAUGUAUGGCUGUUUACUCAGCCUCCUUCGUUCAACAGCAUACUGUAUGAUAAAUAAAAAUGUGUUUUGUAGAUUAUUGCUUUGUGAAUAUGUGCCUUUCUUAAUCUUUGAUUGCUGGUUGCAGCACUACAGUUAUAAGGUUCCAUUCCAUCAUCACAUUGCAGUGCAAACUCAUUGGACUGUAAAUGUAUAGUAUCAUAGUUAAUGUUUAGCAAAGGCAUAGUUAAGCACUGGUGUAGAGAAUGGCUACUAGAAUAGAUUUAUGUGCCACAGCCAGGCUCAGUGAUCAAAAGGAACCCUGUCGUGCCUCAGGACUAAUAGCACCUGGUCUGGGUUUACAACCAUCAGAACUGUUUUAAUGGGUAUUUGGGACAUAUGAAAUAUAGGUAACACAUAGCCGUUUAAUUUUGUCUUGAAGCCAAUCAGAGGAGGUUUAGCAGACACUUAAGAUAAACAUUAAUUUACAAUUACAUGUUCUGAAUGUCAUGUUUGCUUCAGCAGCUUUAGUAACUGCUGUUUAGGCUCCUUAACAUUCAAAACUAUUCUCUGGCAUCUUUCUCUGUCUGACAUCUUCUGUAAAUAAUAAUGUAAAUACUGUUGACUUCUGAUAGUCUUAUCAUGUGUUAUAUGUUGUUAUAAUCUGUAAAUAGUAUAAAUGCAUAAAGCUGCUUACACAAUCUAGAUGUGUCAAAGGUCACCUUACUAUAUUAGAUCUGAACACUAUUUGUAGGACACUUUUUAUUUGCUUGUUUUCCCACAUUGUUUCCAUACUGUUCAUCUUUAACGUGUUUUUGAUACAAUGUGCCAUCUGUUUACCAAUCAUUUAGCUGGCAAACAAGAAGAAAAACAUUUUGUAUUAUAUGAUCCUCUGUAUAUUUAAUUAAAAUAUUUUACUAUCAA